UCUUUUCUUGUUCCGACAUUCACAUUAAAACAAAGUCAUCAUUUACAGUCUGCUCCACCUCCUAAAUUCAUGGGGGAAACUCGUAACAUGCCCUUCUAUUCAGGGUUUCCUGUUUUUUCUCAUUACUUCACCAUCUGUGUAGUUGCACUAUGGGCUAAGUGGUCUUUUGCCAAGGAGGCUGCUUGACACUAACUCAAUUUCCAAUGGCCACAUGGUGUCUUGGUUUGUAACAGUGAUAAUCAAAUUAUGAGCCCGAUUACCAGCCACAGGCUUAACAGUUUGAAAGCGGUCAGCUACAUUGUACUGCACUCUAAAUGGUAAAAACGCUGUCGUUGACUAUAAUAUAAACUGUUAGGGUUACUUCAAGUGAGGUGUCUAAUGAUGAUGCAUUUUGUGGGCUGUGGAGUAAAGUCAAUGAAACUUCAGGAUGUAUUCAACCCCUUUCUGCGGUCAGGCCUUUAGGGGACUAGAAGAAGAAACAUGACAAAAGCUGUCACUGAACUUCACUGCUGGCAGAAACAAUGAGAGGAAUCUGAAAACCUGCAGAUGGAGGAGAGUGACUUAUGGGGACUGUUCGCCAUGGAUACAGCAGAUGAACUCAACACAACUCAAGUGGAAGAACUUGAACUUCAAUCUUCCAACUGCUGCUCAACUGCCGGCACAAUAAACGAUGAGAACUAUUUGAAGCUGGACGACAGCACGAAGCUGGUUGCAGUUCAAGUUGUUCUCAUCCUUGCUUACAGCACAAUCAUAUUGUUUGGAGUCAUUGGAAACUCCUUAGUGAUAUAUGUCGUCUUCAAGUUUAAAAAUCUUCGGACUGUCACCAAUUUCUUUAUCGUGAACCUAGCUGUGGCGGACCUGCUGGUGAACACGCUGUGUUUGCCGUUCACCCUCGUCUACACUCUGUACGGCGAGUGGAAGUUCGGUCAGGUGUUGUGCUUCAUGCUGCCCUGCUCUCAGGGCAUGGCGGUGCACGUGUCCACCAUCACAAUGAACGUCAUCGCCCUGGACCGCCACAGGAGCAUCGUCUACCUCAUGGAGACCAAGAUGUCCAAAGACAUGUGCGCUGUGGUAAUCCUCAUCACUUGGGCCGUCAGUGCCCUGUUGGCCAGCCCGCUCGCCAUCUUCAGGGAGUACGGCACGUUCGACAUUUCGCCGGACGAGUCUAUCCAGGUGUGCACAGAGAAGUGGCCGGAAAGCAGAAUGAACGGAAGCAUCUACAGUAUAUCAGCACUUCUGAUUCAAUACGGUCUACCACUGGUCAUCAACUGCGUCGCCUACAUCCGCAUCUGGAAUAAGAUGAAGACUCACAUGAUUUACGGAGGUCGAAAUGACCGCCAUCAGCGCAGGCAGAAGACCACGAAGAUGCUGCUGACCAUGGUGGUGGUCUUCGCUGUCAGCUGGUUGCCUUUCCACGCGUUCCAGUUGGCUGUAGACAUCGACAGCACCGUGUUGUAUAUGAAGGACUUUAAGCUGCUUUUCACUGUGUUCCAUAUUGUGGCGAUGUGCUCGACGUUUGUCAAUCCCAUCCUGUACGGGUGGAUGAACAACAACUACAGGACGGCCUUUUUGUCUGUGUUUAAGUGUUACCAGCCCGUCAAUUUCAGUUUGAGGCCAAGAUGCUCCAGUGGCAGAGAAACACCAAAAAAUGAAGGCGGGGUUUGUGCAGAUUGCAAAUCAACAAAUGUCUAAGUUGAAAGUUCAGAGAAAGUUCAUUGAUAAUCAUUUAUGGAAAUGUGAAGUUUUGUGUGGGCAUUUUGAAAGAUCAAUCAAUCAAUCAACCAAUCAUUUAAUAAUGACCACACAAGGUCGUGGAAUUUGCUUUCAGUAGAGCAGAGUGAGUAAGCUCAAACUAUAGUGUCAGUAACAUCAACAUAACAUUAAACCGCCGACUGUAUAUAAGAAGUGGAUGUAGUAACCAUGACGCCACCCAUUGGUUUGUGGACUGACGUUUUGAAGCCUCAAGUUCGGCAUUUUGGCCAUCACCAUCUUGUUUUUUUGCAACCAGAAGAGACAAGAGGAUGGAGCUAAGUACAACUGAAUGCUGUAUAAGACAUUUUCAGGUGACCAAAAAGGUUAUAAUUAAUUUUCGUGUACUGAAAACACGCUAUGAAAGGGUUAAAGUUCUUAGACGAAAACACGGAAAUCACCAAAACUGGACAACGCCUUGAUAGCAACCUGUCAAUCACAAGGUAGCCACGCCCUAAAGCAUACCCUGCUUUAUGGCCUAUUUGACUCUAAAUGGGAGCAUAAUUUACUAAAUGAACAUCAUGCUGUAUUGAAGAAGACUUGAAACUAGCGAUUGAGACCAUAAACUCAUGUUUACAAUGUUUACUGAGGUAAUAAAUCAAGAGAGAAGUAGGUAUGAUAUCACAACAGACAUUAUUCACAUAUUACCACCAGGGUGAGAGGGGACAGAGAUUUUUGUUCCUCUUCUGGUUGUGCAUGUUAGAUAUAGUGAUUCAAUUAGUGGGAGGGGGGAGCCAAUAAUCUUGGAUGAUUUAUUGACUAAGCGCUGCAGUUUUUUUUGUGUGUGACUGAUGAAAAGAUAAAAAUGGCCUCAAAUUUAAAGUGACUAAAUUAAAAAUGACUAACACUGCGACAAAGGGGGUCACUCUAGCCCUCAUUCCAAUCAAUACUUGCCAACUCACAAGUAUUUAUGAAUAAAACUAUGAUGGAUAUUCCUCUUUGUUGAUGCAGUUUGUCUGUCUUGUUUCUUUAUGAUUUUUCAGACUGUUCCUUCUGAUGUAUUAAAUAAUAUGAAUCCUGGAGCUCGGUUAAGUACAUGUCCCCCUCACUUUUAUUAUUUCAGGUUGAUGCAAAUGCUGAUACACUCAUCUUGUGAGUCGCCUUCACUUAUUACCUUCAGCGCUCAGAGCAAUGAGUAAUCACUAAGUGCUUUACAAACCUUU